AUGGCACCUCGUCCGGAAAAUGGGAUGAUGCUGGACCAGUACGAGGUGUUUGGUAUCGCGACAGGAGGCGCCAACGGCGAUGGAUUCAUGUUGGAUCACUACGAGGUGUUUGGCAUCAUCGCAUGCGGGGUGGUGCUCAUCUUGUCUGCUGACACGUUCGAUCUUGCUGUCUCUGUGCUGGGUUCAUCAUGCUACCAGGACAGGAGGCGCCAACGGCAAUGGAUUCAUGUUGGAUCACUACGAGGUGGUGCGAACGGGGAUGGCUUCAUGUUGAAUCACUACAAGGUGUUUGGCAUCGCAUGCAGGGUCGUGCUCAUCUGCUGCCUCAUCAUCCCGCUCCCGCUCCCUGUGCACUGUGCUUGCGUCUCUCUGCUCUGCUGCUUCAUGUGUGUUCCAGGAGGCGCGAACGGGGAUGGGUUCAUGCUGGACCACUACGAGGUGUUUGGCAUCGCAUGCGGGGUCGUGCUCAUCUGCUGUCUCAUCAACUGCUGCUCCAUCCAAAUCGUCUCAUACGUCAUGCUCUUUUCAGCGUGCAUCCAGUCCUCUCCUCUCUUCCCUCGGGUCGUGCUCAUCGGCUCAUCUGCUGCCUCAUCAACUGCUGCUCCAUCCACAUCGUAUCCUACCUCAUGCUCGUCUCAGCGUGCAUCCAGGCCCGCUGCUUGCCCCGUUCUGCUUGCCCCGUUCUGCUUGCCCUGUUCUGCUUGCCCCGUUCUGCUUGCCCCGUUCUGCUUGCCCCGUUCUGCUUGCCCCGUUCUGCUUGCCCCGUUCUGCUUGCCCCGUUCUGCUUGCCCCGUUCUGCUUGCCCCGUUCUGCUUGCCCCGUUCUGCUUGCCCCGUUCUGCUUGCCCCGUUCUGCUUGCCCCGUUCUGCUUGCCCCGUUCUGCUUGCCCCGUUCUGCUUUCUCUCUUUCCUCACCCUUCACCUUCCCUCCCCCCCUCCAGGUGUUGGGAGCAGUGGCGCUCAUAUCAUCAUUCUGCCCCUCGCCGCGCCCACCCACCCACCGUGUUGGGAUCAGUGGCGCUCGUCAUCACACUGCCCCUCGCCGCACCCACCCACCGCAUCAAUUUCACACAUGCAUGGACCUCUGCUCUAUCUAGGGAUGAGCAAUAUGACGAACACAUUGCUGUUGGGAGCAGUGGCGCUCAUCAUCACGCUGCCCCUCGUCGCGCCCACCCACCAGCCAGCCUCCUACGUCUUCCAAACCUUCUUCUCAAACGAGUCACUUCCCACGCCUGCCUACUCCUUUGUCCUCUGCCUGCUCGUCUCCCAAUACUCCCUCUACGGCUACGAUGGCGUGGCGCAUCUCUCAGAAGAGACAAAGAAGUCCGACCGCACGUCGCCGGCCGCGAUAGUCGCAUCGCUGACCACAAUCACAUUCGUGGGAUGGUUGCUGCUGGUGGUACUCACGCUCUGCAUUCAGAACGUGGACGAUAUAUUCGCCGCUGCUGCUGAUGGGGAGGCGCCGACCACGGUCACGAAUGGCAUGCAGCCGGUGAUUCAGAUCCUGUGGGACGUGUUUUACGCACGCUAUGGCUCGGGAGUGGGAGCGCAAAUAUUCACGGGCAUCAUAUACACGUCAUUCUUCUUUGGGACUGUUUCCGGGCAGCUAGGAGCGUCUCGCGUGGCCUACGCCCUGGCACGUGACGGCGGUCUCCCCCUCUCCUUCCUCUGGCGCCGUCUCGCGCCCAACAAGGUCCCGGUGCUCGCCCUUCUCCUCUCCGUGGUCAUCGGCAUCAUCUUCCUCCUGCCGCUGCUCUACACGUCAACCACCAUCUUCUUUGCCAUAGCAUCCAUCUCGAGCAUCGGCUGGGUGUCGGCGUACUCGGUGCCCAUCUUGUUCCGCCUCAUUCAGAAGGAGGACCACUUUCAACCCGGCCCCUUCUACAUGCCCACCUACAUUGGCGUCAUUGGCGGGAAAAUCGUGCAUUUCCUGGCGCUGGUGUGGGUUCUCUACACGAUGAUAGUCUUCCUGCUGCCCUACGCCUUCCCAGUCACGGUCGAGAAUCUCAAUUGGGCGCCAGUGGCCAUCGCGGCGUGGGUCACCAUCUUUGUCACGUGGUGGAUCGUGCACGCUCGCUUCUGGUUCAAGGGGCCGGUUCGGGAAAUUGUUCCGGUCGCGGAGGAGAAUGGCGGGGAGAAGGAGGCUGAGGGGAAGAUGGAGUGA